UCUCCUUCCUGUGAAAUGUGAACAUUACCGGAUAUCCAUUGUUGAGGGACGCCAUAUAAUUACCGAGUUUGACCGAAGGGAGGACACUUGUUCAUUUUCUUCACCCAGCGGGUUUGGAUCACUUCAACAAGCUUCAGUAUGUCUCAGGCUCGGGUGACUGACUUCUUCUCUCAAAGAAAGAAAGGCCUCGCCGGUCCUGUGAAACCGACCAAGCAGCGUACCGGCGGUGUCGUCCAACGUGGAUCCUCACGGAAUAAUACAAACAUUGCCAGUACCAGAUCCUCUACAAACAAGGGUGUUUUGCUGCGUUCGUCAUCCGUCCACGACGAGUUUGUCCGAGUUAUUGAUGAAGUGGUGGGUCUAAGUGAAGGAGAGUGUGCUAGUAGCAGCGUAAGGAAAUAUUCUCCCCCCAGCCCCAGGACACCGAAGAGGACCUCGACGAACGGUGAGUUUGACCUCGGGGCAGCCGUGUUUUCAGCCACCUCCGACCACAGCACGGCCAAAAAAAGACGACAAGACAAAGACACCAAAUCCAACAUCCCAGAGAAAUCAACCAGGAGGAAGGCGAGGAAGAAACUGGUCUUACCUCAGGACUCACCACAGGUUGUAGUCCGGCCCAGCUCAGCUCCAGCAGCCCUCCCCGGACCCAGUUCAGAGAGCCAUGUCAACUCACUAACCCACAGCCCCCCCCAGCAGGACGAGGCCGUCAACAAGACGAGUGAAGAGCAGGCCAGCAAGGCUCUGUGCAAAGAUGGCAUUGCAACUCUCAAGGCCCGUCUUCAGAGGAUCAAGAAACAAGCUGAUAAAGUGGCGAGUGCUGCUUUCGAUGCCACGCCCUCCACUUCUGGAUCUCCAACCGGCCCAGCACCUAAAAACACACUCUCCCCGGACCCCCAAACCGCCACGCUCCUAACGUCUGAAGCCAAGGCUCUGAAGUUCUCUGUAGCGCGAGCCAGUGAGCUUGCAGCUAAAGCUCAGAGGAAGAAGGAAGAGAGGGGGGCAGAGGAGAACAAGCAGAGAGAGGAAUGUACGGAGCAGGCAGCAUACCAGCGAUAUCACAACCUUGCCCAGGCAGCAGCCCCUGGCCUCUCACUGCCGUACCAGUACAAAGUUCUGGCCGAGAUGUUCAGGAGCAUGGACACAGUGGUCGCUAUGCUGUACAACCGCUGUGAGACGGCUACCUUCACCAAGCUCAAACAGGGAGUCCAGGAUAUGAUGCACAAGCGGUUUGAGGAGAACCACGUGUGUCAGAUAAAGACAGUUUUUCCUGAGGCCUACACGUUUAGACAGGAGAAGAACAUCCCCACCUUCAACAGCAGCAUAAAGAAGGGCAGCCACCAGCUAACUGUGGAGCCUGUCUUUCCUUCUGACCAGAAUGAAUCCCGCCCUCUCCUGUCAGCCUCUUGUCUCCUUGACAGACGACGCAUCUUCCACCAGAAGCUGGUCUCCAUCGUCAAACAGCAUCAUAAGGUCUUCCUGUCCUCGCUGGUUCCUCCGGUGGCUGUUCCAGACGACAAACUAACCCGCUGGCAUCCUCGCUUCAAUGUGGACACUGUGCCAGGUGUCCAAAGCAGCUCCCUACCUCAGCCCCCUCACACGGAGAAACUGUCCACAGCUCAGGAGGUUCUGGACAAGGCUCGAUCUCUGAUUACACCCAAGAUGGAGAAGGCUCUUGUUUCACUGGCUCUAAAGACACAGGACACAGCUCCAGAGAGUAAAGAGCCAACAUCUCCACAGAGCCCGACAGUCAGCCAAACAACCGCUGCCUCUACUGCUCAGCUUCCAACAGCCCUGAAAGGAGUUUCCCAGUCUCUGCUGGAGAGGAUCAGGGCAAAGGAGGCUCAGAAGCUACAGGCUGCCAUGACCCGAAACUCCACCCAAGAGGAGCGCCUGUUGAUGAUGUCACGACUCCCGGAGUUGGCACGGAUUCUUCGGAACGUUUUCGUCUCAGAAAAGAAGCCGGCUCUAAUCAUGGAAGUUGCCUGUAACAGGAUGGUGUCGAGCUACAGAUCCGCUCUCAGCACAGGUGAAAUGGAGAAACAUAUACGUCUACUGGCAGAGGUAGCAGCUGAUUGGCUGGCUAUUCAUCCAAUUAGGAAGGACUUCUACCUGAAGUUGAACAAGACCAUGGAGCUGAACAUUGUUCUGGACAAACUGAGUAACAGACUCAGAGAAGAAGAGAGACUCUAAAAACAAUGAGUGAUGAUCUGCUGGCCUUUCACAGUUAACCACCCACUUUCCUCAGCGCUGUGCUACAUGAGCCGCCAGCAGACUGAACACUAGUUGGUUUAAACUCCCCUUUUGUGAAUUUUAUUGGUUGCCUGUCACAGGCUUUUUAGAGGUAAGGUGACACCGACAGCCUGUACACUAGGCUGUCGGUGUAAAUAAUUACAGAUUGUCCUAACCACGUUCGGAGGGUGCACGUUUGUGAAAAGAUUCCGGGGCUAUAAUGGUAACGGCUAGUCUUGGUUAUCCUGCCAUCCUCCUGUUGUGAAAGAGAGUCACUUUGACCAGACCUUCUGUCAUUGACCUGUGCGUUUGGCCUUUUCAUUUUCUUUGAAAGUGUUUUAUUGUUCUGAACUGCUCUGCCUCGAGUCUUUUUGAGUGUCGCUUUUCUACAAUGUAGAACAGCUGAUGCUGAAUGUUUACAUUUUUAAAGCUCAUUGUUCGAUAAUGUUUGAGAAAUACAAGUAUUGGUAGGAUCCUUCCUGCCUUUUUUUUUUUUUUCCUUCUAUGAUCACAAUUUUAUUAAAUAUAACAAUCUGUAAAAUGCUAAGCAAUGGUUGCACUAAGUAUGGAAAAGUGAUGUCAAACUAUGUUUUAUCAAGAUUACACAUAAUGGGGAAAAUAUGAAAACAAAAAAAAAGUUAGAAAAAGAAACUUAAACAUCUUGUCUGGUUGACUAACAUGCUUUUUAAGGUUUCUACCUGAAGCAUUGUACAAUUUUGGAGCUUUUAAAGUAAUUUUUAGUCUUUUCAACUAAGAGGAAGUCUGGACGAUUCUAACUGAAGAGACAUCUUAUUUUAAAGGGCAUAGUUACAUUGUGGAUGUGGUACGAUUGUGAUACAACCCCUGUAUGGAAUGUCUACGUGAACAGGUAACAUGAGUACACACAGCAUGGGACCCCAAAAUGACCUCAGCUGGAAAAUAAAAAUGUGAAAUUUGGAAA